AUGUCAAAAAAUGACGAUAGUACCGUACAAGAAUCAUUUAAAAAAAAACCAAUUCUUCUUCCACGAGGUCAAGUCAAAGAGCGUUUUGUUAUAAUUAAUCAUGAUUGGUUUAUACCCGUAUCAUAUCUACGACGGUUAACUUCUAAUACUGUAGAAAAUGAACUUGAAAGUAUUGUAUUUCCUUAUGAUGAAUCAUAUGAUUCAGAUUGGCAAUUAUAUAUUGAACAUCAAUCACAUCCAUCACGUAUACGAAUUGGUCUUACACUAUUAGAACCACAUGAUAGAUGUAUUCAUGCUGAUAUUAAAUUAGUAUUUAUGACAACGCAUGGUGAUCAAAUAAUAAAAGAAAAUUUUUUUCAUAAACAUACAUUUUUUCUUGCAAAAGGCGAACCUAUUACAUCAUAUAUUAAUGAACAUAUAUCACCAAAAGUUUUUUUUGAUAUUGAAGAUGAUCUUUAUGAUAAUGUAAUUAAUGGUACAUUAAAUGGAAAUUUAUUCAAUACAAACGAUUGUACAAUAAUUGCUUAUGUUAGAUUUAUUAAUGAAUUUGACAUUGAACCUAAACCAAACGCAUUUGAUUUUUCACGGCGUUUUACUGUUGAUUGGAAAUUAAUAAAAUUUCGUCAUAUUAUUGAACAAAUUAAUCAAUCGAGACCACCAGUCGGUAAUAAUCGUCGUCUUCUCUCGGAUCGUUUUCAAUUUACUCAUUCUAAAAUAACUGAUGCUCUUGCAACUAAAAAAUGGAAAUUACAAAUCAAUUAUUCUCGAACAUCAUCAAUUAAUAAACAAACUCCUUUGUGUUUAACCUUAAAAUCUCUUAAUCCUAUUCAACCAAAUUAUGGUAAAUUUGAAAUUCUAUGUCAAAAUGAACAUAAUAUUCUUCGACGUUAUAUUGAAUCUAUAGAAGAUCUUACUGAUAAUUAUACUAUAGAAUUUUUUACACUUAAUGAAUUAUCAAGAAAUAUUUAUCCAUAUAAACAAAAUUUUGAUAAAAAUAAUGGACGAGUUGUAACCAUUGAUUAUCUUUUAUUAUCUAUACAAAUUGUUCAACCAUUACAAGGUUUUGAUAUAUUAAAAAAGAUUAAACGUAUUAAUGAACCAAUAAUAAUUUCUUUGAAUCCCACAGGAAAAGUUCGUAAUAAAAAAGAAGAAAAUUUAUUAAAAUCAACUAAAGAACAACAUAAUAAAUCUAUAGCUAUUGAACAUAAAAAACUUAAAAGUCCAGCUAGUCAAGAAAAUACUACAACAACAUCGGAUGAUACACGAAUAACAAAUCAUAUUUUACCACCAAUACGAAUUCAAAAUAAUUCUCCAAUUCGUCUUCGAUCAUCAUCAAGUAUACAAAUAUUACCAAAUAUAAGUGAUAAUCAUAUUCAAUCAUCACGUUCAUUUCUAUAUAAACCCAUACGACUAAAUAAACAAUCAUCAACAAUUACAAGUGCUAGUACAACAGCAUUUUCAGAUUUAACAGAUAAUUUUACGUUUCUUACAAAUUUAUUUCGAUCAGGUCUUCAUUCAGAUAUAACAAUUCGUCAUCAUGAUCAUCAAUGGAAUUUACAUAAAAGUAUUCUAUCAGCACGUUCAAUUUAUUUUAAUCAAUAUUUUUCAAAUUCAAAUGUAUUAGAAUUAAAUUUAUCCGAUGAUAAUGAAAUAUUAUCAUCAAUUUUACUUGAUAAAAUGUUUUUUUUUCUUUAUACUAAUCAAUAUACAUUAGAAAAACUUCCUCGACUAUCAUUAUUUGAAACAACUCGUUUAUUAUUUGAAUUAUCAAAUAAAUAUGGUAUUGAUACAUUGACACGUUUUUGUUUACAAGAUAUGUGUAAUACACAUAAUUUAAAUAUAAAUACGGCUGCAUAUCUAUUAAUUGCACUUCAUCAGGCAAUAAAUGGUCCAUAUGAAAAAUAUCAUUCAAAUGAUUAUAUAAUACAAAUAAAAAAUUUCAAACAAACGAUUUUACGUUUUAUUCAAUUACAUUCACGAGAAGUUCUUCUUUCAUCACAAUGGAAGUUACUUGAAAAACAUUAUCCAUUUCUUGUUCAUGAUGUUUUAGAAUUUGUUGUUUUUGAAAAAAUACAAGAAUAA